AUGGUUCUCUUGGUAGAAAGGCUUGGAAAGUCCCUCAGACUCCACUCCAAACUGGAUAAUCACCACCACCACCACCAUGGAUCAGAGGCCUUGUUGGGUUCUCUACAAGCUUUCCACUCUGAUGUUUCCAAUUGCUUGAACCAGCUAUUGUUGAAUCCCAACCCAGGAUCAGAAAUCUUGUCCUUAUUCUGGUUCCAGCGAUUUUUUGAACUCUUCCCUGCUAUCAACAAGGCUUUUGCAAAGCUGGUGGUCAGGAUAGACUACCCCAUGAGUAAAUGGGAGGUUGAUUUCAUGGAAGAGUAUCUCAACUACAGCUUGAGCUUGCUGGAGCUUCUCAACUCUAUUAAUGCCUCUAUUUCCCAUCUGGGUCAUGCUCGGUUUUCGCUAUCUCAUGCUUUGAGCCUUGUUGAGCAUUCGUCUUCUUCAGCAAUGGAGCAUCUGAAAGCAAUUCAGCCGCUGGGUGAAGGCAAGGCUCGCAAAGAAGAAAACAAGAGAAGCGUUAGAGAAAGGCCUUUCUCUGGCAAAGAAGAGGUUUCUCAUCAAGCACUGAUGGAGAUGAAGAGUAUUGGAUUCUGGGUGUGUGGGAUUGUGUUAUCUGGACUGAGUGGAGAUGCUCAGCCAUACUUGGAGAUGAGAAAAUUGGCUGACUCCUCUGCUAAUUCGUCAUUAAAGGGUCUCGAUGCGGGUGUUCAUGAGGUGAUAAUGGAGAGAAGCAGCAUACCGAAGGAGGUGAAAGAAGUGAAUGAUGCAGUGCCUUGCCUUCUCAAUGCCAUGGUCAUCGGAAAAGGCAACAAUGCAGCAGAGGAAUUGAAAAGAAGAUUGGAGGUGUUGGAGAAGACGCUCGACAGCGUACAGAAGGAGGUAGAAGACCUGUUUUCAGAGGUUUUGGCUGGAAGAAACGAAUUACUUGAUAUACUCAGGAGAAGGAAGCAUUAG